GAUGACUGAUGUGAUGGUUGAUGAGAUGGUUGAUGAGAUGACUGAUGUGAUGGUUGAUGAGAUGGUUGAUGAGAUGACUGUUGAGAUGGCUGACCACUUUGAUAGUCCCAUGGUCAGGUGCAGAAUUUUAUGGCAGCAGAAAGAUAAGAAAGGAUCAUUCUGUGGUAUCUCCAGGACAUCCCUGCCCUAUAUGAAGGGACCUGACGAGCUCCGCCAUCUUCUUGGUAACCCUCUCAUUACAAGAGGCCUCUGGCCCUGACCCCCGAUCGCAGCUCCAGGGGAUGGGAAAUGUCUCACUGUCAGGGCUCCAAAAACCACAGCAUAAUCCUUCUAAACAGAGAGGAGCGGGCACCGCCGGGCGGAUAUCCGGGUCACCUUAUCUCUAGAUACACAGAAACCGGGCGUAGACACAAAACCAGCAGGAUAAAGACUGACAACAGACCCAACGGCAGAAGGAGCCGACACCAAGAGAGAAUGUGGUCUGGUCAGAAGUAUUGCGUUCUUCGUGCUUCCUGCUUGGAGAAAGGAUGUCUCUUUGCGGACCCGGAGUUCCCCCCGGAGGUCACUGACCCUGCGGUUGAGUGGAGAAGACCCCCGGAAUUCUGCUCCAACCCAAAGUUCAUUGAGAGUGGGUCCAGCAGCUCCGACGUCUGCCAGGGUGAGCUAGGAGACUGCUGGCUGCUGUCCACGCUCUCGUCUCUCACCCUCCACCCCUCUCUCUUCUCACGAGUGGUCCCUGCCGACCAGAGCUUCAGCACCGCAGACGGUUACUGUGGAAUCUUCCAUUUUAAGGUCUGGCGGUUCGGUGGUUGGCUGGACGUGGUGAUUGACGACAGACUCCCCACCAGGAUGGGACGACUUGUCUACACGAGGAGCGACUCUCAGGCGGAGUUGUGGAGUGCGCUGCUGGAGAAAGCAUACGCCAAGGUGUCCGGCGGUUACUCCGCAUUGCAGGGUGGGACCAUCGCGGAGACGCUGGAGGACUUCACGGGCGGAGUGGCGGAGAGCGUGAGCCUGAGCAGAUACACCUCGGAGGAGGUCCGGGAGAUGGUCCUGGCUGCGGAGCGCAGGGAGGCCCUGAUGGCGUGCUACAUCCAGGUUUCAGAGGCCGCGGACAUUGGACGCGUGGAUGAGGACGGCUUGGUGUUGGGACACGCAUACUCCGUUCUCGGAGCCAAGGAGGUGACGCGCGGCUCCGAGGAGCUGACACUCAUCCGGCUGAGGAAUCCCUGGGGCUUCACCGAGUAUAACGGUCCCUGGAGUGACCAAUCCCUAGAGUGGAGGUCGGUGUCAGAUGCGGAGCGCAGAGCGCUGAAUCUCCAGAAAGAUGACGGCGACUUCUGGAUGCUCUGUGAGGAUUUCUGCAGCCUCUUUUCAUGGAUUGUCAUUUGCACAUGCGGCAUGGAGUCCCCCCAGUGUAAGGUCACUGAAAUGCGAGGCCGCUGGGAACGUGGGGUCAGUGCAGGAGGAGGACGCAGACUGAAAUCUUUCUUCACCAAUCCACAAUUCCGUCUCCGCGUGGGUGUGGCCUCAGGUGUGAAGGAGGAGUCUGUCACCGAGCCGGGGAUUGAGGAGCGCUGGACGAUGCUACUGGAGCUGAUGCAGACGGAUAGAAGAGCCACCAAACACCACAUUGCAUGUCACCUGUACCGGGUUCCUGAACAGCUGGUUCCACGUCCACGUCUUGAUCGUGGAUUCUUCACAAGGAGUCGCCCAGUGUCCGACACAGGAGAACCACAAAACAGCCGUGGGGUGACAAUGAGGGCCUCUCUUACCCCGGGAGAAUACGUUAUUGUACCAUCCACGUAUGACCUCAACCAAGAGGGCGACUUUUACAUCCGAGUGUAUUGUGAGAAAGGAACAGACGACCGGAUUUACUGAAACCUCACAGACCGCGUGACUAUCAGCACAUACCCUGGUUACUAAGAAGAUGGCACUGCACCUCCACCCAAGUCCAGAAGUACAAUGACCCCGAGGCCCCCCCCCCCCCAAUCUGGGGACGGAAAACAAUCCUAUAAACACCAACAAUUUCUGAUGUCUCCAGAACAGUAAAAGAGAAAUCUGUGUUAUCAUUGAGUGUCCUGUGUCACUGACGGAGCACAAACACCUCUCAGCUACUCCAUUCAUGUCUAAAGCCACUAAAUCCCAUGUAGUGAGGAUAUCCAUCACCUGGGGCAAUGAUUCAGCUGACUACCCUAACCAGGGCCCCCUUUCCUGCCACUAAGU